AUGAGCUACUACGGCAGCUACUAUGGAGGCCUGGGCUAUGGCUAUGGCUCUGGUUAUGGCUGUGGAUGUGGCAGCUACCGUGGCCUAGGCUAUGGCUUUGGAGGCUGUGGCUAUGGAGGCCUGGGCUAUGGUGGUUAUGGCUAUGGAGGCCUGGGCUAUGGUAGCUAUGGCUAUGGCUGCUGCCGCCCAUCUUGCUGUGGAAGAUCUGUGAAUCUUAACACAAUGAGCUACUACGGCGGCUACUAUGGAGGCCUGGGCUAUGGCUAUGGUUCUGGUUAUGGCUGUGGAUGUGGCAGCUACUGUGGCCUAGGAUAUGGCUAUGGUGGCUGUGGCUGUGGAGGUCUGGGCUAUGGUGGCUAUGGCUAUGGAGGCCUGGGCUGUGGAGGCUAUGGCUACAGAGGCUAUGGCUAUGGCUGCUGCCGCCCAUCUUGUUGUGGAGGAUGCUACUCUUCUGGAUUCUACUAAAGAAACAUCUGCUCCUGAAGUGGCAUCAUUGUCUGGUCAAGAUUGGGUUAAUUCCACAUUUUCCUAAUGACAUCAUAUUCCAUCUGUCUCUGCUACUUGAUGGCAUAGGAGAGCUACUACAAAAUGCCUCAGAAUCCAGAUCAGAAUCACUCGGGACAAUGAAAUAGCAAGAACUGAAAAGCAGCCGAAUUUGUUCUUCUGGAAAAACAUGCAGAAUCUCAUCGUCAUGAGGGAUUUUUCUCCCAGUGACAUCUUCUUUCCAGCAAUUUUGCAUAACUCUGAUAUACUAUGGCUGAAAUAUCUAUUGUUAUUAUAUAAUAAAUUUGUAUG